AUGGAUCCAUCGUCCGACUCCUCCUCCAGCUUCCACCCCGUAGAUGCCGGCGCCGCCGCCGGUCACCAGUCCUGGGUUCUCCUCGAUAAGAAUGGCGGCUACGCCGACUGCGAGAACGACACCACCGCUGAAGCCAAGAUGAGCACCGGCGGCAGCAUCAAGGUCAGCUUCUGCCUCGACCCGCCGCCGCACGUCUCCCGCCUGUUCGUCCACGAGACCGUCGACUCCCGGCGCGAGGAGGAGCAAGCCCGAUACUCAGCGCGAGUCGAGGUCAUCUCAAAGGCCAAGGACCUCAUCCUCCUCCGCCGAUGGGCUCAGCGAGAGUCUGAGCCCUACGACGAGCAAUUUCUACUUCUUGUCUACCACGUUGCAGCAGGCCGCGGAAGCAAGCCCUCGCUCACACCCAUCCCGGCCACUCCGACUCCUUUGUCUUCCUGCGUCGCCAUCUUGCCCUUUGACGACGGCGGCCAGUUCCUCCUCGCCGAUCUCAGCGUGGGCAAGUACGACUACCCGAUGACCUACCAACUCCACCUCUUCUCCUCCAAGACGUGCGUGUGGAGCACCAGGGCGCUCACGCCUCUCGUCGACUUCAAGCAGGACGACAUGCCCUGCCAACCCACCAAGGUGAUCGCGCUCGGAGGAACCGUCCUGGGCUGGGUGGACCUCUGGCAGGGCGUCGUCGUCCUCGACGUGCUCGGCGAGGACCCCAAACGCGUUCGCUUCAUCCCGCUGCCCAAGCCCGAUUUCUGCCGCUCCGAGUAUCACGCGCUCCGGGAUCGAUCUCCCCCCAACGUGUUCCACAGGGACGUCGCCUACUGCGCCGACGGUUUCAUCAAGUUUGUCGACAUGGAUGUCCGGUUCCGCCACGUCGCCAUGAUCAAGAAAAGGCCCGUGAUCAAGACCACCACGGAUCUCGAUCACGCAGACACCAUCCUCGACUCCGAGCUCCUCCGCCGCGAAUGCGAAGGCGGGGACAUAGAUUUCGUCCGCGUCCCCAAUGGUUGGAGGAUCCGAACAUGUUACAGGCAUGUUUCCUGGGACCACUGGCGCAAGGGCCACAAUGUCGACGUCGAUGAAAUCCAAGUCUACAAGCCGAUGCAUCGUGCGAUGUUGCCUGCGAUGUGGGACGACGCUGCUAGAAGAUGGACGGUGAGGCAACUGGAAGCAGGCCAGCCGACCCUGAGUAUCCAUGCCGGCGACAUGGUGUAUCUGACAAUGGUGUCCAUGCUUCGACAUCGUCGCCAAAAACUGAAAUGGACGGUCGGUGUUGAUCUUGGCAAGAAGACGAUAGAGAUUCUUGAACCACAUUCUGAGGAUCAUGCCCAUGUCCGAGCUUUUACAUUCUCUCAACAUAUGAAUACACCUCCUCCACCCCACCAAAACACGUGGAACGACGACAUGGAUGGCUACUACUACAACUACAAUGGAAGCUUCUAUGGACAUGAUCAAGGCUACGACGAUAUCAACUACCAGCUGCAUCCACCCGCCGGAUGGUCGUCUAAUCUGCCACAGUCUCACCAUGCCAGCUUGAACUCAUUCCGAUCAGGUUCCAUCGAUCCAGUGAACCCCCAAUUGAUGUAUCCAGUGUCAACGGUGAACACUACAGCCCAUGGCCAACAAUGCUUAGACCUUUUCCAAUGCAUUGGUGUUAAAGUGGGGUGA